AUGUCCUGGGCUGCCGUCGCGAAGUCGGCGACGGCGCCAGCCGCCCCGACAGAGGCGCCCCCUCCCAGCGCAACGGAACGCAUAGCUGUCAUAGAUGCAAACGCAAUUAUUAGCGGGUUGCGCUUAGAGCUCCUUGCAGACCGCCUCUGCACCAUCCCCGAGGUCAUCGCGGAGGUUCGAGACAAGCAAUCCCGCACCUUCCUGUCGACCCUGCCUUUCUCCUUGGACAUCCGUGAACCAAGCGACGAAUCUAUCCGAGCAGUCCAGCGGUUCGCCCGCGAGACCGGCGACAUCCACUCUCUGUCCUCCGUGGAUGUGAAGCUGCUGGCUCUGGCCCACACCCUGGAGGUGGCGGCGCACGGAACCGCGCACUUGCGGGACCACCCCGUGCAGGUGAGUCCAAUAAGGUGGUUCGAGCUUCUUUGGUAUUUCGCGUUGGCGUCGGUCCGCACUCGUCCCAAGCUCAGGUCCCGUCCCCGGCCCCUCCCCGGCUGGGGCCACGUCUCCAACCCCGAGGAGUGGAAGGUGGUGGAUGAGGCGCCCGAGGAACUGCUCACGAACGCGACGGGGGGUCAGAGCCGCAUCAUCGCAGCGGUGCAGUCCCUGUCACUGGGGGAACCCGGACACGGGCUCGAGUUAGGGCUAGGG